AUUAGGUACUGUCGACGUGUGAUGUAUUGUCCGCCAUGUCAAGUGUUUGUAUAUAACACCGAGCAGUCUUGAUCUGGCUGCAGAUGCCUGUCGAUAUUACUUGGGGACACUUGUAAAUUUUGCAGCUGCCCCUGACAACCCCACAUCCAGAUUACACAGCCGACCGGAAUGACGUCGCUAUGCCCUGUGCUGUUGCUAAUGCUGGUGCUGCUCGCCCUCGUCUCCUGCCAGCAGAAAAUAUGCAACAAAGAUCUUGGAAUGGCAUCUGGUGAGAUUCCAGACUCUGGGAUCCUUGUUUCCUCAGAAUUAGUAAACCAUGAAAAGGAAAAGAUGCGAUUUGGGUCGUUUGAGAACGUAAGCGGCUCUGCAUGGUGCCCAAACUUUGAUGAUGGAGAUCCUUGGGUAGAGAUCCAUCUUCCAAAGGUGAAGUCUGUGUCACAGAUAAAAUUCCAGCUACCUGCCCUGGGCAACCCACCCACGACACCGGCUGCCUUCAUGACCAAGUUUAACAUGGAGUUUCUUCCCUACUUUGGAGACGAGAAGUAUAUACUGUUCAAAGAGAAUAUCAAGUCAGUCUUUAAUGCGACCCUGUCGUACGCCAUCAUCUUCGACCCCGCUAUUGUCACCAACACUAUCAAGUUGACGCCAACUGAAUGGACGAACGCAGCCUGCUUCAGAAUGGAGAUCAUCGGUUGUGACAUCACAGAUUUGUGCCCCGAUCCAUACUGUUUGAACGAUGGCGUCUGUGCUGGAUCAAACCUCUGCUAUUGUCCACAGUCAACCUUAGUUGGAGAGAAGUGCCAAUAUACCAAGCCGUGCGUGCCGGUGACGAUGUACAACUUUACCGAAGUGGUCAACGGGACGGUGACAGGGGUACCUGCUGACUUUAAGGUUAUCAAGGGGGAAGCGAUGGUGGAAGGGGGAUGUAGCCCACUUCUACAUCUACACAAAGGCGGUUGUGUACAGAUGCCCCUUGAUGCGCUGUGUUUCAAGGAUCUGGACAACUGUUACUCGGGCUUCACCAUCAGCCUAUCUGUCAAACAAAACACGAUUGUGGAUCCGAAGUAUUUCUUGACGACUGGAGGUGAGCUGGGCUCACAUAGUGGUAUAGCGUUCUACUACCAGAACCAGAAGCUCAUUGUUUCAGUCAUCAUGUCCAAGAGGUCGUGGCGUUUGGUGAAACAGUUCACUCCACAACCAAACACAUGGUACUGGUUUGAAAUUUCGUGGACGCCCAACUUUGGAUUGUCUCUCAAUGUAAACGGUCUCCCAGCAGGCUACGUGUUUCAGUACUCAACGGCAGACCCAACAGGAAAUAAAUCUGAGACGCUGGUAGUGGGAUGUUCGACACAAGUGACUACUGCCCCCAACACACUCUGGGUGAAGAACCUUGUGUUUGCGCCACUAAGGCACGAGGACUUGAACGGAACUCUAUAUUACAACUAUGCUGGAGGUCUGACCAACGCUACACCGUGUAUUCCCCCACCUACAGUGAUGGAGUGCAUGGACCCUCCAACCACAACCAAGCAGAUUACAACUACAGAAAUAAAAACUACUAUUGAGGUUGACACAACCAUAGCAGAAGCUGACACGACCACACAAGAAGCUGACACGACCACACAAGAAGCUGACACAACCAUUCAAGAAGCUGACACAACCACACAAGAAGCUGACACAACCAUUCAAGAAGCUGAAACGACCACACAAGAAGCUGACACAACCACACAAGAAGCUGACACAACCAUUCAAGAAGCUGACACGACCACACAAGAAGCUGAAACGACCACACAAGAAGCUGACGCAACCACACAAGAAGCUGAAACAACCACACAAGAAGCUGACACUACCACACAAGAAGCUGACACUACCACACAAGAAGCUGAAACAACAACGGAAGAAAUACAGAUAACAACAGAGGUUGAGCCUACCCAACCUGACACAACAGAAACCUCGACAAAUGUAGUGACAUACCAACUCACAGAGGCUACCACGAUCCCGGAAGAGUUGACCACUGAAGAACCGACAACACCUAUGGAAGAGAUCAGGACAACCGCGGAGCUGACCACUGAAGAGCUCUCGACAGAAACUUGGACAACUACUGAAACUACAACUACUACUACAACCACCUUGCCCACGACCGAAAUAAGGUGCCAAACACCUCUGUGGCAGACGGGCAUCAUUAAGGACGUUCACGUUGUGUCCUCAUCAAACGCUCCCGGAAAGACCGCGAUUUUGGCUAAAUCCGAAUGUUGUCCAGGACCGACUGUUGGAGGAUGGUGUCCCGACCCCAAGUUGCUUCCCACUGCACAGUACUUAGAAGUUUCGUUUGAGAAGCCCUACGGGGUUAAGGCUAUCGAAAUCCAGCCACCCGAGGGCACGGACCCCAUAUUUCCCUCGCCGGUCAGGGAGUACAUGACUAACUACACCUUUCAAUAUGUGCCCUAUGGGGGAAGCAACCUCACAACGUACGGUACACAGGCUGGGCCUAUCUACAUGUUGGGUGUGCGCGGAACCCCAGUGACAGUUGUGUCCACUAUCACAGAGAUUAUCGGACUUGUCACAGAAAAGGUUCGCAUAUCCAUCGCAGACUUCAAGAAUGAGCCUUGCUUCAGGUUCGAACUCUUCGGAUGUGAACCACAAUAUCUGUGCAAACCUAUGUGUGAAAAUGGUGGAACAUGCAUCUAUGAAAACACUUGUGCCUGUCCCCCGCCUUUCUAUGGUCCUGGUUGUAAAUAUACACAUCUUCCUCCUGCCAGUGGCUGUCUGCAGCCCCUGGGUAUGUGGAAUGGCACCAUCAAAGACAGUCAGUUAGUGGCCUCCUCUUCCUCCCUCAACAACGGCAAGAACAAGGCUCGAUAUCUCUGCUGCUUUGGUGAGACGAAAGGAGCCUGGUGCCCAGAUAAGGAUGACAGAGCACCAUACUAUGAAGUCCACCUCAACAAACCCUACCUGGUUGCUAUGAUCAUGUUUGAACAUCCCAACACCCUCAACUACUGGGAGGUGCCAGACAGGUUCCUCAACACCUUCACGCUACAGUACAGGAACGUCUACCAGGAUGCAAUGGAGACAUAUGCUGUGAACAUUGACGCCAUCUACAACUCCAGUAUAAGUCUGUCCCCCUUGUUUGACCCCUUCAUUUUGACUGACGUCAUCAGGAUAGUCCCCAGUAAGUGGACCAAGGAGCCAUGCUUCCGGUUUGAGAUGAUCGGCUGCGACCCUGACCAGGGCCCGGCCGUCGACCCGCUAACCACCACAAAGAGUCCCUUCUUGAACCCGGGUGUGAUUAUUGGCAGGCGUAAGAGAAGGGUUUACUACAACCGUCCCGCGAACAAGUUCCCAUAGUCGACAUAUGUUGUGUUCAUCUUGACUAUAUGUCUGUAGCUUCAUCGACAUGCUGCAUACAGGGCUCAACAUUUCAUAGGCACAUUGCUGAUGUUUCUGGUAUAAGGAUACAAUCACUUGUUCAGUCCUAAUAUCAUUCAUCAUGGGUUGAAUUAUCUUUCCCGGCUACUGAAACGUCACUGACCCAUGUCCAGUAUAUACAGUUUCGAUACGGUAGACCAACUAUGUCAAGGAAAACAAGCGUACGCGGUUGUGCAUGACUUAAUUCAAAUAUCCCUGUACAGUUAUAUUGAUAGAUAAAAUGGUGUAGUCUUGCUAGACGCAAAUACAUUGUCUCUGUCUAUACAUUAAGGAAGCAUUUUCAACGUUUACCUGAAUAAAUACUUUCCUUUGUAAAAA